AUGGCUAGCAUUUUACUCCUUCCUUUGCUACUAUAUAUCUGUUUCCUGAGCUUCGUCUCAGCCCAAAACAAGACGAACCAUGUCUCAAACGACCUAUUCAACUCCCUGGAGGAGUUAUCCCGGCUAGUGGAUAUUUCAUACUGCGUUGGAACAACGGGAGUACAGCAGCCAUUUCAGUGCCUCAGCCGCUGCGAUGAGUUUCCUGAUCUAGAACUGGUAACCACCUGGAACACCGGCCUCCUCCUCUCCGAUUCAUGCGGCUACAUGGCCCUUUCCCACACCCCCUCCGCCAAACAAAUAAUCCUCGCCUUCCGCGGCACCUACUCAAUAACAAACACCAUAAUCGACCUAUCCGCCUACCCCCAAGCUUACGUCCCCUACCCUGACCCCGAAGAAAAUACCACUACCAUCCCAAUUCCCACAGGACAGCACUGCGAAAACUGCACCGUCCACGCCGGCUUCAUGCUCUCAUGGCUCCAGACCCGAACAACAAUCCUCCCCCAGCUCUCCCUCCUACACAAAAAACACCCAGAUUACGCCAUAACGCUCGUCGGCCAUUCCCUCGGCGGCGCUGUCGCAGCGCUAGCAGGCCUCGAGAUGCGUCUAAAGGGCUGGGAUGCAACGGUGACGACGUUUGGGGAGCCGAUGGUCGGGAACGAGGCGUUCGCGGCAUUCCUAGACGAGCAAUUCGGACUCGGGGAUGGGAUAGCGAUACCCCCGCUUGAAGGGGGGAUGCGUUUUCGUCGUGUGACACAUGUUGGGGAUCCGGUUCCUAUGCUGCCGCUUGCGGAGUGGGGAUAUCGGCCUCAUGCUGGGGAGGUUUUUAUUACGAGGGAGGAGCUGCCGCCGCGUCGGGAGGAUGUGGUUUAUUGUGUUGGUCGGGAGGAUCCUGGGUGUAUUGCCGGUGAUGGAAAUGAGAGGGUUUUGGUCAAGUUGUAUCGGGAUUUGAAUGUUCCUGUUGGGUUGGUUGGUUCUAGUAGCGAGGGGUGUCGGUCGAGCGGUGGUGGUAUGUCUGAGGAACAGGCAGUCUUGGAACGUGCGUGUUCAGAUCUUCCUGGUCGCGAGGAUAGAUUAUCGCCUCUCCGAUGGGAUUGGUCUCUUAUACCGGCGAGGUAUCGGAUUUGGGAGCUUUUUUACGCUCAUCGGGAUUAUUUUUGGCGCAUUGGUCUUUGUGUUCCAGGGGGAGAUCCAACUGGAUAA